UUUCCACUCGCUGCUCGACCAAAUAGGAUGGGCUCUUGGGGGCCACUGACUGAAGCCGUGCGCCCAUAACAAUGUCAUCAUCUUCCCUCAUUCUGAGACCCACCACGAAGGCACCAAUAAACAAAUCUAUUGACCCAAUUCUUCUUUUUGACCAAAACCAUCUACAAGCUAAGAGUUGUAGUCAAAGAGCCGCACCUUGCCUGUUCACAACUCCCUUUCCGAGCUCAAACCACACGCCCAAAACCAAGCUGCUAACUUUUCCAGAUUCCAUUGCUUGGUUUUUAUUUUUGGGGUUUAUUAGAACUGACUGGUUAUGGGAGACACACUGGGGCAAUUAAAGAUAACGGUUGUGAAAGGGAGAAAGCUUGUGAUCCGUGAUUUCAGGAGCAGUGAUCCUUAUGUUAUUCUCGAGCUGGGAAAUCAGAUGGCAAAGACCAAGGUUAUAAAUAGCUGCCUGGAUCCUGUUUGGAAUGAAGAGUUCACAUUCACUUUAUCUGAUCCUGCGGCUUCUAUUCUGAAACUGAGAGUGUUCGAUAAGGACCGGUUCAAGGCUGACGACAAGAUGGGUCAUGCGCAUGUUAACCUCCACCCAUUGAUGGCUGCUGCAAGGUUGAGGCAAAUUGUUGGAAUUUCAUGUGAAGAAGGGCCGUUAAUCUUGAGGAAGGUCAUACCUGAAAGUGACAACUGUCUGGUGGUGGAUAGCUCUAUCUUCUCUGAGAAGAAUGGUGAUGUCGUGCAAGAUGUUCGGUUGAGGCUCCGCGAUGUGAAAUCGGGGGAGGUUGAGUUGAGAAUGAAGCUCACAAACCUUCCUGUUCCUCAUAAGUAGUGUAUGUGCAAACCUUCCUAGUCUGUGUGCUACUUUAACAAGCAAGUUGUAUAAUAAGACAAGCAACCCCUACGGGUUCCAAUGUUUUAUUUGAUCAGUUGAUGCAUUAGACAGAAACGUUCAAAUAUGUAAGAUGGUGUGUUGCUUAAUUUUAGGAUCUUUUCGGGCUAAAAUUUUCCAAGUCUAAUAUGGUCUGAAUUGGUCAUAUGUACUUUAAUGUGAAUGAAUGUGGUGUGAUUGGAUCUUUC